AGACAUAUGGGAAGAAGAGAAUAAGAUGGAAGAAUACACAUACCCAAGAGGAGGAAUACUUGAAUUGCUGCUAGUUAAUGCUGAAGGAAUUAGGCACACUAAUAUUGUUGGAACGCCUACAUAUUACGUGAUAAUAGAAUGCGGAGAUCAACUGCAUAGAAGCAAGUUAUCAUCAGGUGAAGAUGGAAAAGCAUGGUGGAAUGAGAAAUUUAGGUUCGAAUUCUCAAUAUCGGAUUGGAAAAGCUUAACCCAUCUCAAGCUCAAGAUCAUGGACCAGGAACUCUUUUCUUCGGACAAAGGAUUUGUCGGCGAAACCAUUAUUCACAUAGGGGGGAUAAUAACAGAAGGAAGUGACACACAACUUUUGGAAGUGAAACCUGCUCCUUACAAUGUAGUGCUUGAAGAUGAUACCUACAGAGGAGAGUUAAAAAUUGGAUUCAAAUUCAUCACUUAUAAAGAAGAGCAUCUUCAAACAACCAGAGAAUGUUGUGCAGCCAAUGUCAAUGAACCAAGAAAGUCAGUGUGUAGAUCUAUUCUGAUCAAUGUCUGCAAAUUUUCAUGGAGGAGAUUCUUCUUCUUUUGUAACAAAAAUGCAUCCACAAAUAAUCCCAGGAAAAUUAAUUAGCAGGAUCAAAAACCCAUUGGUUCCACUUUUUUAAAAUUUCUGCAUAAUCUUUG